AUGAUACAUCGAUGCCCUGUUCUUGAAGCAGACGUGCUCUCUAUUCAAUUGGAUGGAUUAGACUUUGCAAGGGGAAAUGCAAUCCUCAUCCCAGGGUUUUAUGGGACUCGCUUUUGUCCACCAGGUGACCAACAAUCCCCUAGGCGGAAUACGGUAACAGCCUUAUCUGCUUCCCGACACGCGAUACGACCGUUGUCUCCGCGUUUUGAUAUUUACCACAAGUAUCCAUGCACUAGAUGUAAUAAGCCGUGA